AUGAGCCCGGGCGAGCGAGACGGCGGCAGCGCGCGGAAGGGCGGUCCGGCGGGCGGCGGGGGUCGUCCGGCGGCGAAGGCGGUGGGAGCCUGGGCGGUGAGCGCGCUGUGCCUGCUGCUCUCCCUGGGCUCCGCGGCCGCCUGCCUGCUGCUGGGCGCCCAGGCGUCGGCGCUGCAGGGCCGGGUGGCAGCGCUCGAGGAGGAGCGGGAGCUGCUGCGGCGCGCGGGGGUCCCGGGCGCCCUGUCCGCCUGGGCGGAGCCGCACCUGGAGCGCCUGCUGCGCGAGAAGUUGGAGGGACAAGUCAAGCUCCGGACUGUUCGGGAAGCGCCAUCGGAAUGUGUCUGCCCUCCGGGGCCCCCUGGACGGCGUGGCAAGCCUGGAAGAAGAGGUGAUCCCGGUCCUCCGGGGCAAUCAGGACGAGAUGGCUACCCGGGGCCUCUGGGUCUGGAUGGAAAGCCAGGACUUCCAGGCCCCAAGGGAGAAAAGGGUGCACCAGGAGACUUUGGACCCCGGGGCGACCAAGGGCAAGAUGGGGCUGCUGGGCCUCCUGGGCCCCCGGGGCCUCCCGGGGCUCGGGGCCCUCCUGGCGACACUGGGAAAGAUGGACCCCGAGGAGCACCAGGCCCAGCGGGUCCCAAAGGAGAGGCUGGACAAGACGGUGAGACGGGCCCAAAGGGACCUCCAGGGCCCAAGGGGGAUGACGGGACACCAAGCCAACCAGGGCUCCCUGGACCUCCAGGGCCCAAGGGCGAGCCGGGGAGCGUGGGGCCACGGGGAGAGAAGGGCGUGGACGGAGUCCCGGGGACAAAGGGGGAGCCCGGCCAGCGAGGAGCCGACGGAGCCUCCGGGCUGCGGGGUCCCCCCGGCCUCAAGGGCGAGCAAGGAGACACGGUGGUGAUUGACUACGACGGCAGGAUCCUGGAUGCCCUGAAGGGUCCUCCCGGCCCACCCGGGCCUCCCGGGAUCCCCGGAGCCAAGGGUGAGCUCGGAUUGCCUGGUGCCCCCGGAAUCGACGGAGAGAAGGGUCCCAAAGGACCAAAAGGAGACCCAGGAGAGGCUGGGCCAACUGGACCCAAAGGGGAAGCAGGCGAAAUGGGCCUGUCUGGCCUCCCGGGUGCCCACGGCCCCAAGGGUGAGAAGGGAGAGCCGGCACCAGACAGCCUAUCAGAGAGCCUGGCCCAGAUCAUAGUGGAGCCAGGGCCCCCCGGCCCUCCUGGUCCCCCGGGCCCCAUGGGCCUUCAGGGAAUCCAGGGUCCCAAGGGCUUGGAUGGAGCAAAGGGAGAGAAGGGCGAGUCGGGGGAGAGAGGCCCCAGUGGCCUGCCUGGGCCAGCUGGUCCACUGGGCCUUAUCGGGCUGCCAGGAACCAAAGGAGAGAAGGGCAGACCCGGGGAACCAGGACUAGAUGGUUUCCCUGGACCCCGAGGAGAGAAAGGCGACCGGAGUGAACGUGGAGAGAAGGGAGAGCGAGGCGUCCCUGGCCGGAAAGGAGUGAAGGGCCAGAAGGGCGAGCCGGGACCGCCAGGCCUGGACCAGCCGUGCCCUGUGGGCACUGACGGGCUGCCUGUGCCUGGCUGCUGGCAUAAGUGA